AUGGAGGACCAUAAGCAAGCAAAAAGCAUCGUAAUUGGUGAAUUAAUAAAGAAUAAGUACAAGUCAAUCAAAAGAAAUUACACUCCAAAUGACAUGAAUGAUGACUUUGGAGUAACCAUGGGAUACACAAAAGCAUGGAGAUCAAGAAAGAAAGCUUUGUGUCUAGUAAGAGGGAACCCCGAUGAUUCAUAUAAAAAGUUGCCAAUGUAUCUUUACAUGUUGAAGCAAGGAAAUCCAGGAACAAUAACACACCUACUCACAGACAAGGAAGAUAGAUUCAAAUACAUAUACAUUGCUUUCUCUAACUCAAUCAAUGGCUGGAGAUACUUGAGGCCUAUAAAUGUUAUUGAUGGAACUUUCUUGAAAAAUGCACAUGGCGGUACCCUAUUUUCAGCAUCAACGUUAGAUUCAAACAAUAACAUUUUUGUCUUGGCUUUUGGAAUAGCAGACUUUGAAAAUGAUAACUCAUGUCUUUGGUUCUUCUCCAAACUGAGAGACACCUAUGGAGAACCCAAAGGAUUGGCUAUUGUUUCCGACAAACACAAGAGCAUAGACAAUGUUGUACAUAUGGAGUUCCCAAAUGCAUUUUAUGGAGCUUGCAUGUUUCACUUGCUCAAUAAUUUGAAAAGCAAGUAUGGAAGCCAUGGAGAAGAACUACAAAUGAAUUUCAUUGCAGCAGCAAAAGCAUACACAAAAACAUAA